AUGGCGGCGCCCAUGAAAUGGAAAAGACUUGUGUUCUCUGCGUAUACUCCAGCCUUUUCCUGGGUUUUUACAAGGAUAACAGACCGCUUUUUCAGGGCACAUGAUCGGAGGAGAGGGUCUGCGGUGCUGCUUUUGGCUCCUCUCCUGGCAGAGGCGGAUUCAGCACCCCUGGCCUCCUCCAGACCUCCAGGCUUCACUGGCGUCGAGGGCCUUCACUCCCGCUUCCACUGGAUGGCAGAUCAUGUACCUGCUUUUAGGGUCCCCGGAGGCCGCAUUCGCAUCCUCCACUCACCUGAUGAGUUUUAUCAAGCCAUGAAGGCUCGUAUCAAGACAGCCAAGAGUCGUGUGGUGAUGGCAUCUCUGUAUCUGGGCACAGGACCACUAGAGCAAGACCUGGUUGAUUGCAUGGAAGAAGCAUUAGAGCGCUCACAGGAAGAUCACACACCUGAUCUCAAAGUGUCGUUUCUGCUGGAUUAUACCAGAGGCUCUAGAGGUAAGCACAAUUCCCGCACAAUGUUACUGCCGCUCCUCCAGCGAUUCCCUGAGCAGAUGAGAGUGUCGCUGUACCACACACCAGACCUGCGAGGACUCCUGCGUCUCCUGGUACCUGAACGCUUCAAUGAAACCAUUGGCGUGCAGCACAUCAAGGCAUACCUUUUUGACAACAGUCUCAUCAUUAGUGGGGCCAAUCUGAGCGACUCCUACUUCACCAAUCGGCAGGAUCGCUAUGUUCUUCUGGAGGACUGCAGGGAAGUUGCUGAUUUCUUUGCUGAACUGGUUGGAGCCGUGGGUGACGUGUCAAUGCAGCUCCAGCCUGACAACAGUGUGCAGAUGAUGGAGGGAAGGGUGCAUCCUUACAAAGGCAACAGAGCAGAUUUUUCUGAAUCGGCCCAGAGACGAAUCAUGGAGGUGGUGAACACAGCCCGAGUCCGGCAAAGCAUGCUAGAAACAGAAUGCUCAGACCAUCCAGACUCAAACGGGACAGCGCCAAAUGACACCUGGAUCUUUCCACUGGUGCAAAUGAAACCUCUAGGCAUCCAUAUAGAUGAACAAGUGACCAAACGACUGCUAACAGAGGCUGGUGGAGACGCUGUGGUUUACCUGACGUCGGGCUACUUCAACCUGACGCGCACAUACAUGCAGCUGGUUUUGGGCGCAGAGGCAGACUAUCGUAUCCUCAUGGCCUCUCCGGAGGUUAAUGGCUUUUUUGGAGCCAAAGGAGUAGCAGGAGCAAUUCCAGAGGCCUACGUUCACCUCGCCAGGCAGUUCUACAAUAAGGUGUGUCAGCUGGGUCAACAGAGUCGUGUCCACUUGCAUGAAUACCAUCGCCCGGAUUGGACGUUUCAUGCAAAAGGUCUGUGGUAUUAUGUUGGAGGAAAAGACUGCCCCUGCCUCACUCUGAUUGGCUCCCCAAAUUUCGGCUAUCGCUCUGUGCACAGGGAUCUGGAGGCUCAGAUCGCUAUAGUAACAGAGAACGAGGAACUCCAGAUGCAACUGCAACAGGAACAGGAGGUGUUAUAUCAGAGCUCAACACAAGUGUCAAACUCCACUUUUAACCAGCCGGACCGUCAUGUAAAGCUCUGGGUCAAACUGGUUACUCCACUCAUCAAGAACUUCUUCUGAGUUCAACGAGCCUGAUGUGAUGGAUAUCACUGUCUGUGACAGGCGAAGGUGAAGCUGCGCAAGUCAUUUCCAGAUUUUGAUGGUCUCUAAAUGCUCUUUAUUGACUGGAAUCAAGAGGUUUUUUCCAGCAAAUUCCAUCAGUCAUCUAAACAAACUAAUCUGCUGUGUGUUGUUUUACUCAAACACAUUGAUUCUGCUCUAACAAACCCAUUGUUAGAAGGAGAAAUGUAAUGUAAACCAGCGUGAUGGACAUGUAUGCCAAACAGCAACAAUGAACGUGUGACCAUCAGUUUGAUGUGCUGUGCAUUUGACAUUUAUACAGUAUGUAAAUAUUUUAGUUAAUUUAAUUAGUUUUUUUCUGUAAACAUUUCAAUUUUGUCACUUUAAUAAGAUGCUGUUAAAAAAAAAACCUUUCCGUUUCUACUUGCUCUUAUUUUUAUAUGGUUGAAAACAGCAGAAGCAUUUUAGCAAUCUUACACCGCAUUCAUUAUUGAAUUGAAGCAACUUUCUAAAUAGCCCACAUUUCCUACUGUCUGAAACAAGUGCAACUAUCAAGAAUGACUGCACGCUCAAAAAUAAAGGUACUGGGGUGAUACCUUUUCAAAAGGUACCUUAUAGGUGCACAUUGGUACAUUAAGGCAGUGUUUCUUAACCAUGUUCCCGGAGGACCACCAGCUCUGCACAUUUACAUGUCUCCUUAACCAAACACACCUGAUUCAGAUCAUCAGCUCAUUAACAGAGACCGAAAGACCUGUAAUGGGGGUAAAAGACAAAGGAGACAUCCAAAACAUGCAGUGUUAGUGGUUUUCCAAGAACGUGGUUGAGAAACACUGCCUUAAAGGAACAAUUUUGUAAAUUUAAAGGUAAUAUGAGGUACACAUUUGUACAUGUACUUGCACAUUUGUACCUUAAGGCAGUGUUUCUCAACCAUGUUCCUGAAAGACCACCAGCUCUGCGCACCCACAUGUCUCCUUAACCAAACACACCUGAUUCAGAUCAUCAGCUCAUUAACAGAGACCGAAAGACCUGUAAUUGGUGUGAAAGACAAAGGAGACAUCCAAAACAUGCAGUGCUGAUUGUAUUUUUAGAAACAUGGUUGAGAAACACUGUCUUAAAGGAACAUUUUUGUAAAUUUAAGAUAACACAAGGUACACAUUUAUACUUGUGCACAUUUGUACCUUAAGGCAGUGUUUCUCAACCAUGUUCCUGAAGGACCACCAGCUCUGCACACCCACGUGUCUCCUUAACCAAACACACCUGAUUCAGAUCAUCAGAUCAAAGCAAAAGACCAGUAAUGGUUGUAAAAGACAAAGGAGACAUCCAAAACAUGCAGUGUUGGGGGUCUUUCAGGAACGUGGUUGAGAAACACUGCCUUAAAGGAACAUUUUUAUAAAUUUAAGGUAAUAUGAGGUACAAAUUUGUACUUGCACAUUGAAGGCUGUGUUUCUCAACUACAUUCCUGGAGGACAACCAGCUCUGCACAUUUACAUGUCUCCUUAACCAUAUAAAGAUUCAGAUCAUCAGCUCAUUAGCAGAGAAUGAAAUUCCUGUAAUAGGUGUGAAAGACAAAGGAGACAUCCAAAAUAUGCAGGGCUGGUUGUCUUCCAGGAACGUGGUUGAGCAACACUACCUUAAAUUUACAAAAAUGUACCUUUAAGGCAAUAUGAGGUACACAUUUGUACUUUUUAAGUAUAAAUAUGAACUUUUAAGGUACAAAUGUGGACCUGAUGGGUAUAAAAGUGUACCUUUAGAAAAGGUAAUGCUCCGAUGACAACAUUUUUAUUUCUGAGAGUGUCUUAAAAGGAAAGUUUAUACAAAACACACAAAAGCUAUAUUUACAUUUUGUUUUUCACACAAGAAACGCGAUCAUUUAGCAAAUGAGCAUCUGUUAAACACCCUGUAAUAUUGCCCAAUAUCAUAUACAAUGAUGAGCAUAUGAGCUAUUUUAAUAUAUUACAGCGAGAAAAAAAAAGAGAAUUUAGGGGAGCUUCAAACAAACACAAACCCGAGGUGGAUUUGAGCACCCUUGUAAUGACUUAUUCAGAAUGAUUGCAGUAUUAUUUCAACAUUUGAGUGUGUUUGCAGAAGUUGAAAAGCACUGUUGGUUUUGUAAUAAAAAGCUGCGGUUCUCCACAUUUCCUGAGCAUGUUUUCAUUUUUGGUGUCAGUGUGCAUUUAAAAAAAAAAGUAUUUGCUUAUUUAUUAGGUUGAUUAACUGAGACCAGAUUCUUUCCUAAAAAAGCGCAUUUAACUGGAUUAAAACGUCAGGAGUGCCAGAGUUAGUAAAAGACUAACAUGUUUGUGGCUCUUAAAAGGUGAAAUGAGGCCUUAAAGCCACGUCAUGUAACGCACAAAAUAGACAAAAACAUCUGUACUGUAUGAAGCCGCAGUGUUCUUUGUCAUUUUUAAGAAUAAAGAGACUGAAACAUU